AUGGAUGUUAUGGACAUUAGUGAUGGUGAAGACGAUGAAAUAUUCUCCGAUUCAGAUACUUGGAUCUAUUGUGAUGAAGAUAUUCAGCCAUUAGAUGAGGACAUAAAUGAAAACAAUUGGCGAUUUGUUUUUCAAGAAACACUCAAUAACAUUCGUGAAAAUAAAUUAGACGAUGGUGCUCAACCACUGAUAUUUGAUGGCACAUGUAAAAUUCGAAUUAAGAAAUUUCCUAAUGCACCCUUUACUUUUCCGCUAUCAAAUGCAUUGUGUUCUCGACUCAUCUCUGAACAUGGUACACCAAUGGCUCUUGCAAAUAGAUACGAUUUCUGUGGACUCAAAGUUCCGAACACAGGCUGGAAGGUUAAUCCCGAAAACUUCGACUUUCCUAUACCACUGUCAGCUGCUAUUCGAUCGUAUACCUUCGAACAACUGCAUCUGAAUACACCCGAUUUAAGUGAACAUUUUGAUUUGAAUCUACAUAAACUAUUCAUAUUUGGACCAUGUACACACUCGAAAAUAUACAACUUCGAUGACAAACUCUUUGUUUAUCUUGCUACUGUACUGGUUUUCCUACCUUCACAUUACACCGGUGGAAACUAUCGAUUUAUUGACGAUAAUGACGAUAAUGAAGAUCUUCAUCGACACUUUUUCAAUCAACAGGAACUAGAUAAUAAGUCGAAGCCAUAUAUUCUGAUUGUGCCGCCUGAUUGUCAACAUGAAAUUCAGCCGCUCGAAAAAGGUUUCAAACUUCUACUUGUCUAUCAUCUUGUUUCCAAUACAAAUUCGAUUCAACAACUGAUCUCUCUUCUAUCGAAGCCAAAAAACCAUUCACAAACAAUGGAGAACAUCUUUCUUUCUCAACGUCUCCAACGAAUAUUUACAUACUGGGAAACGAAUCUUGACAAGAUGCCAACGAAACUUGUCAUUCCUAUUCAACAUUCGCUGGAUUAUUCGUCUUAUUUCUCGAUAUUAUUUCGUGAUAGAUAUCGAACAAUCAUUGAAAUUCUUACGAGAGCAAUUCAACAGUUCUCGUCAUUUCUUGUCUAUUCAGCUACAUUACAACAUGAGGCGCCAUUUGGAGAUCGAACAGAUUCUCGGCUAGUGGUUCAUUCUCUCACAAUGUUAAACACAGUGAAUCAAAUCGCGUUACGUUUUGAUUCUGACCACGAGCGUACGAUCGUUCCAAACGAAGUUCUCGGUGAAUUGCACAUGUACAUUGACUCAUUCGAGCAAGCUGGUGGUCGUCAACAAGUUCUUUCCAAUGGUAUUACAGUAUUUCGUCAUUAUUCGAAGUUUCAAGUUCUUCUCAUCAUUCCACUUGUACAUCAAUGGGAUCUUUUACUUGAUGACCAUGCAUUUGCUUGUCAUCACUUAUCGUACAUGCUUUCCUUACCUACGAAUGCUUUGGAUAGCUUAAGCUUAAAUUUACUUUCUUGUAUUCUUCGUGAGAAAACUGCAUCGUCGAAUCUAUUAUUCGGUCAGAUAAUUCAUUAUUUGAUUAUUCUUCGUACUCGACUUGGUCUCACGCCAAACGUUAUCCAAUUAAUCAAACUACUCUUUCGACACAAGCAAUUCCAAGAUGAACUAUUUUCGAAUGAGAAGCUUUUUCACUGGUUAAAUCGUUUAGUGGCAUCGGUCGAAAGUUGGUCAAUGUUUGCCAUGGAAUUUUUAGAACUCUUUCGCAAAGUUAUCAAUUCUUCGAUGCCAACGAAACUGAAUGAAGUUAUUCAAUUUCUAUUACAAUUGUCCAAUGCAGUAUUACGAGCUCUAUUCAUUAAUACUUUGCUUCGAACGAUAUUCAAAAGACGGACACUACCACGACAUGUUCUACUAUCAACCUUGUGUUCGAUUUUGCAUCUAUUGAUUGUCGAUGGUUCGUAUUCUCUUGAUUGUCAGUUAAGUCUGGCAUACAAUAUCAUUAAACGAGUACGAAAAACAUCCAUUGAUGGUGAGAUCAUUGAAAAAUGUUUCAAAAUUCAUCUGAUACCAAUGCUCAUCAAUAUUUACCGUGAUCUAAAAAUAAAAGGAAAACAAUCGCACUCGGUUAUUCCGCUUUCGGCAGCAUUCAUUCUUAUUUACGAGUAUUGUUUGAAUGCACUGAACUAUUACUGUUCGUCGAAUAGUUUAUCUUCAUCACCAUUGAAUGUCGUAUCGAUCAAUGAAGCAUUACUUAUUUGUCCAUGUGCAUCAUGCACUCGACUACAAAUGUUUCUUGUCGAUUCGAAAACGUCUACAUUAAUCCUUGGCGUUUCAUCGAAUCUCGUUGCUGAUCAUUGUCUUCGUCAUACAUUGAGUAAAUUUCCGAUGUUAUCGAUCGAAUACAAGCAUGAUUCGUGUACGGGUCGUGAAGAAACUUUGAUUAUUUCAAAGUGUGGUUAUGAAGAGGAACAGAAACAAUUAUGUUUUCAUCUUCGUCGUUUAUUGUUGCAGUUACAUAGAUUGUAA